AUGGCCGGCGCAAAGAAGGCGACCAAGAAGUUCGAGAAGAAGCAUCUCAAGGAUGUUAUCGAGCGACGAAAGUCUACGGCUAAGAUGAAGCAGCGUCAUCAGCUCAAUGAGAAACGCAAGGCUCAGAGCGCCAGCCGCCGAGAUGCCGAAGAGGAGGAUCAGCCUGAUCCUGAGGAGGUCAAGAAAGAGAACGCUUUCGCGGAGAUGAACGUCGAUGAUUUCUUUGCUGGCGGGUUCGAUAUUGCCGAUUCAGCCGAGAGCAAGAAGAAGUCCAGCAAAGACGUGACACCCAAGAUUGGAAAGCGCAAGCGCACCACCACCCAGGAGAAUGCAGCCGAUGCUAGCGACGGCAGCGCUGCCAGUGACGACGAUAAUGACAAUGCAGAAGCUUCAAGCGAUGCCGACGACUUCGAUGCGCACAAGGACCAAUUGGCGGCGCUUAAGGAGAAGGACCCUGAAUUCUACAAAUAUCUCCAGCAGAACGAUUCAGAGCUACUCGACUUUGGCGCCCAAGGUGAUUUGUCUGAAGUCGACGAUCUGAGCGAGGGAGAGCCUGCAGAUGAAGAGGGCCCUGCGAAAAAGAAGAAGAAGAAGUCCAAGAAGGAUGACGAAGAACAAGAGGGGGAGGCGGAGGUCAUUCAGAAUACCCUGACCAUUCUUAUGGUAAAGAAGUGGCAGAGCUUGAUGGAAGAGCAACACUCGAUCCGCGCUAUGCGUCAGACAGUUCUUGCAUUCCGUGCCGCUGCCUCUGUGAACGAUGCUGAAGCUCCAGAGCAGAAGUACACCAUUUCGGAUCCCAAUGUCUAUCACCAGGUUUUGGUGACGGCGCUGAACGUUGUUCCCAAGGUCCUGGCUCACCACCUUCCCGUCAAGGAGACUGCUUCAGGCAAAAUCCGUGUUUCGCUGGACUCUAAGAAAUUCAAGACUCUCACGCCAUUGAUCAAGUCCUAUACCGCUUCCGUCCAUCAGCUCCUAAUCAACCUAUCUGAUGCUUCAACGCUGAAGUUGACCUUGUCGGCCAUGGAGCCUAUGCUUCCAUACCUGCUGCAGUUCCGCAAAGUUCUCAAAACUUUAAUCAAGACCGUCGUUGGGAUCUGGGCCGAUGUUUCCACAGCCGAUGCCACCCGAAUCACUGCUUUCCUUCUCCUUCGUCGCCUGAUGGUUCUCGGUGAUCCUGGUAUCAGGGAGACGGUGCUCAAAGCCACCUACGAAGGUGUGGUCAAGGGCAGUCGCAACACGACUGUGCACACAUUGGCUGGUGUUAACUUGAUGAAGAACUCGGCGGCCGAGAUUUGGGGUAUCGACCAGAAUGUUGCCUACACUACUGGGUUCAGCUUCAUCAGACAACUGGCCAUGCAUCUGCGUAGCAGCAUCACAAACACGUCGAAGGAGUCGUAUAAGACGAUUUACAAUUGGCAAUACGUGCACUCUCUCGACUUCUGGUCGCGAGUGCUCUCACAGCAUUGUGAUGGUCUUGUCGAAGCCCAGGCUGGCAAACAGUCCGCCCUGCGACCUCUCAUCUAUCCUGUCGUGCAGAUCACCCUUGGCGCGAUGCGUCUCAUUCCUACCGCUCAGUAUUUCCCCCUCCGCUUCCAAAUGGCUCGCGCUCUGCUGCGUAUCUCUCGUGCCACCGGCACAUACAUUCCCCUCGCCCCUGGUCUCAUUGAGGUGCUCACCUCUGCCGAGAUGCGCAAGGCUCCCAAGUCCAGCACUUUGAAGCCGCUUGAUUUCGACACCGCCAUUCGCGCACCUAAAUCCUACCUGCGGUCCCGUACCUACCAGGAUGGUGUCGGUGAGCAGGUUGCCGAGCUCUUGUCCGAAUUUUUCGUUCUUUGGUGCAAGCACAUUGCAUUCCCCGAGCUUUCCGUGCCCGUCGUCGUUGCCUUGAAGCGCUGGCUGAAGCAGGUUUCUGCCCGCAGUGGCGGCAACAAGAACGCCAAGAUCAACCAGAUGAUUCUUCUUCUCGUCCAAAAGGUUGAGGCGAAUGCUCGAUGGAUCGAGGAGCGCCGGCUGAAUGUUUCAUACACGCCACGCAACCGGACUGAGGUGGAGAACUUCCUCAAGGACGUCGACUGGGAGACCACGCCUCUGGGUGCCUUUGUCAAGACACAGCGGAAGCUUCGCGAGGAACGGGCCGCCAUCGUUGAGGAAAGCCGUCGGGAAGAAGAGAAGCGUCGCGCCGAAGACAAGAAGCGCGACGAGGACGAACUGAUGGAGGACUUCGGCAGUGAUGACGGCAGCGAUGCCAGUGGCGAUGAGGAAGAGAUGGAGAGCGAGGACGAGAUCGAGGAGGAGGAAGAGUCGGAGGAGGAAGAUGAAGAUGAGGUUGAAAUGGAAGAGGAGUAA